CUCCGCUUUUGAUUUUAUAUUUUAAAAUUCAAAAUAUAAAUCAAUAAAAAGAAUAGUAAUAAAUGUUUUGGUGAAGUGUGUACAUAGUUGAAAGAUGGGAAAUUGGCUAAUUCAUGCAUCAACAGAGCGCUCCGGUCCCGAUCAGUACAUUAACAUGUUAGCUGUGCGAAAAUAUACAUCAACACAUUAUUUUUUCAAAUUUCAUACAUCAACACCCAAACAAUAGUCUAAUCAUACAUACACCCAUUUUCCGUUAUUGAGCCGUGACGGAAGCUGAGCUGUUCGUUUUAAACUAAUUACGUGGCUUUUCUAUAAUAUAUUGCCACUAUAUUAAUUUUAGAAAAUAAUAAAAAUAAACCUUUAAUGAGACGACGUCGUUUUCUAAUUCCCAAUAAAACAAAAAGAAAUUGUUUCUCUUUCCCUUUCGACAUAGGCAACUAGGUUCAUGAUAGAACAUAAGAGAAUUUGGUGAGAAAUCAGAAGAUAUAACCAGAAGAAAUCGAAAGCUAAAUAAAUAAUCAUAGGAAAGACCAGAGUGACAUCAGCUUGAGAUCUCCAAGAUGAGGUACCUCUCUUUCUAAAUCACCAACAUUGGAAUGUGUCUGAAACUCAUAUAAAUUAGGAAUUGUGAAUCACGAGUUGAGAAAUUCAUGUUAACAAUGUUAAAUUCACACUAUUAGAGUGUUGGGAACAAGAGUAGUCGAGAUUAAUUGUAAUAAGCUGUGAAAACAUAUAAUGCACAUAAGGUGUUCGAUUAUAUGUGUCAAUGAAGUUGUUUUGUGUUCUUAUGUCAAACUGAUGUUGUUUUGUAAUUUUUCAGUGGUGAUAUCGACGUCACUUUCAUUGUAAACUAUGAGGGGAGGUUUGAACAAAAAGAAGGAGCAACUUGCUAUGUAGGAGGGAGAAGCCAUUAUCUACAAUCUGUGCCUCACCGUUUGUUUAGCGGCCUUAUUUCAGCUGAAAUAGUAGAUAUGUAUAAGCAAAAAAUUUGGUACAAGCUGCCAUACGAAGACAUGAGUGAUCUGAAUGUCUUAUGUGAUGGAGGGAAAAAUUUUCAGAACUUGUGUAGGGUUGCGCCAUGGAAUAAUCUCAUUGAGUUGUAUAUGGAGCACGAAAAUGCUCACAGUGAGGAUGAGGAGAAUGCAAACAGAGGCUGUGAGAAUGAGGCAGAGUCAAAUCAAAAAAAAAUGGUCAAGAAUGUGUGGAAGCAAUUGUUGCUGAGUUUGUCGAUGAGGCAGAGGAUAAUGAAGCUCUUAGAGAUACUCCUCCAAACUCGGAUGAUGAGGAAGAAAAUAUCGGUCGUGAGUAUGAGAGAUGGAGAAGAGGAAGUGGAGAGUUGAAGAUCAUGCAAGUUUUUGAGAGUAUUACCGAGUUCAAGGAAGCUGUGUUGGAAUAUGUGUUGUUAGGAGGCUGGAAUGUCAAAUAUACGAGAUGGGGAAAUGAAAUUAAGGAGGGAAGAUGUGCUGUAGUGGGUGAUAUUCCGUGUGGCUGGAGAAUAUAUUGUUCACUCGAGAAAUCAGUGCAGAAGUAUAUGGUGAAAACAUAUCAAGAAAAACACUCUUGUACCCCUGACGGGUAUUGCAGAUUACUAACUGACCAAGUUAUUGCUGAGCUACUGAUAAACAAGGUUAGAAAUGAUAUGAAGUUGUCGCCGAGGAUCAUCCAAGACAUCAUCCAAGACCGCUACAGAUUAACAGUCCUGCAUGAUAUUGCUCGGAAGGCGAGGAAGAAAGCACUAGAUAUGAUAAACGAUGAGUUUGAUCAACAAUUUGCAAGGAUGAAUGACUACAAAGAGCAAAAUCUUAUAUCGAAUCCGGGUUCUACAGUUGAUCUGGUCACGACAACUAGAGAGGAUGGAGUUGAAAUCUUUGAUAAAUUUUAUGUCUGCUUCGAAGCACUUAGGACAAUAUGGCGAGCUCACUGUCGCCCUAUUUUUGGGAUCGAUGGUUGUUUUUUGAAGUCAUCAUCAGCUGGACAACUGCUUGCAGCAGUAGGAAGAGAUGCGAACAACCAAAUUUAUCUUGUUGCGUGGGGAGUUGUUGACGUUGAGAGCGCUGACAACUGGAAAUGGUUCAUUCAACUAUUGAAAACCGACUUGAACCUUGAAGAUGGUGAUGGUUUUACACUGAUUUCAAACACAAUAGCUGCUGAAGACGAAGAACGCAGCAAAUGGUGUAAGAAACGCACUCCUGGCCCAAAUGGUGUUUCUGAAGUGUCUGAAAAAUCAGUAUCUUACUCGGUCAAUAUCGAGAGCAGAACAUGUACUUGCAGAAUGUGGGAUGUCACAGGGAUUCCGUAUCCGCAUGCACUGAAGGUCUUUGUGGAUAAAAAAUUAAAAGCGGAGGAUUAUGUGGCCGAUUGUUACUUGACCACUACUUGGAAAAAGCAGUAUAGCAACCCUAUCUCUCCUGUUGAAGGGAUGAAAUUCUGGAAGGAAGCUACUGGUCCUGAACUUGACCCGCCACCUAGAGACAAUGACAAAGGUAGAAAGAAGAAUCCACAGAAAAGGAAGAAAGGAAUUUACGAGUCUCCUACUAAAGGAAAAAAAGUAUCUAGGCACUUGAAGGUGAUUCAUUGUUAUCGAUGUGGUAUGGCUGGGCAUAAUGCGCUGCAUUGUAAGUAUGAUGGAGUCCCUAACAAGCCGAGGAAGGUUUAUCCGAGGAAGAAGAAACACCCAUCACAAAGUGAGUCAAUGUCAUUUGACCAAGGUGAAGCUCCAGGACCAAGUCAGCCAAUGCAAACAUGACUAACUUCAGGUUUCUUCUUCUAAUCACAAUUCAGUCAUCAUAAACAAAAAAAUGUGAGAAUCUUGUAACAACCCUCUUUUUGGUUCUUUUUUAGGUUCUCAUGUAUUUUCAAGAACAAGGCAACCUAAAGUUUGAUGAUAGUUUUUGGUGCUUUAGGUGUAUUUAGGAAGCGGCUUAGUAAAGAAAAUGUUGGUUUUGGGUGUUUUAGACUUUUAUCGGCUUCUUUAUGUGUGACUUAUGAUGUUGUUAUAUCUAAAUCUAAAACUUAUUAUGUUAUGACAAUCUUGUGUUUCAAAACUUCUUAUGUUUUGACUAUUUUGUGAUUCAAGACAGUAGAUAAUCUUAAAAAUCAACAAUCCGAAUAUCAUAUUACAAGACAAAUUCAUAAUACAAGCCGUUAACACUUGGAAAAACCAACAAUCCGAAAAUAGCAAAAAACAAACAAUCCGACAAGCACAUUCAUUCCAGUCUUCCACAUAACUACAUAGCAAAAUAGUAAUACCCAAUCAUCAUUCCAACUCCACAAAUUACCAUCUUUUUCAAGGUCUUCACAUCUUUCUCAUACCCAUGAACCAACUCUUUCAUCUCUUUUAUCUCAUUCCCAAAUCCAGUUAAAGCAUCAGUCAAAUCUUCAAUCUUUUUGUCAUAGCUUUUUAUUAGAUCUUCGCAUCUCUGAUUUUGAAGCUCGAAAUGGCCGAACUUUUCAUCAAACAAGCUUUUCAUAUCCUCAAUUUCUUCUACAGCUGCUUCAUAUGUCCAUUUAAACAGAUGAUUUUUAUCCUACACAAGAAAAUCAUUCACUUUAGCUAAAUAAAACCAACUCAAAUCAGACAGCCAUGGAACAGAGACAAUAUUUUUUUUUACCUCUUCACUACCAUUAGGACAGCCAUGGAAAAGUCUUCAUGGGUUCUUGAUGGUUUUUGAAGUAUAGAUCACAAAGCCUGCUCCACAUUUCUUACAAAAUCUAGGAAACCCUCUUUCUCUUUCUUUCCUGCGGCUCCAGUUUGUGCUCAUGGCUGCUCAAUCCGAACUCAAUUAAACAACCUAGAAAUACACCUAAAACUUCAUUGGAGACUAAAUUGUGACUGUUACAUGUACCAUAGGAGGACUUAGGGUUCGAUGAGCUCGACAUUCGUGAUUCUCUCUCUCAGACUUCUACUCUUUUCUUUCUGUCGCGGUUUAGGGUUCAAUGAGGAAGAAGAUGUUUUUUUGUUUCUGAAAACGUCAAAACGACGCCGUUUUCUAUUAAUGUUUCUGUAAUUUUUUUUGGUCGGAAAUUAAUGUUUCUGUAAUAUAUCCACCGUAAUUAUCCUUUAAAACCACGUAAUCACACGUUAACUCCACGUAAGACACUGUAAACGAUAAACUAACGGAAACACAAUAAAUGUAUGAUAAGACUAUUGUUUGGGUGUUGAUGUAUGAAAUUUGAAUAAAUAAUGUGUUGAUGUAUGUUUUCGCACAGCGGACAUGUUAAUGUACUGAUCGGGACCGGAGCGCGCUGUUGAUGCAUGAAUUAGCCGAUUUCCCGUUGAAAGGUAUAUCUGUCAAACACCACAUGGAAAGUGUGUAAAAUAACAGAACAAAAAUGGAAGGGUAAAAUAAUAUACUAAUAGUACAGCAAAAAAAAGUAGAGUUGUUUACGUAUCAGGUUACUUUUCUAUGUUUUUUUACAUGUUCACAUACUUUGAAACUGAGGAGUACUUUUUUCCUUACUUUAAUUAUUUCUCUUCACAUAAAGCCCUUCUGGUGGACAAUUAAAGCUGACCGAACUGGAAGGUAGAAAAUUGUUUAGUUUCAUACUUUUUUUGCUGUGUUAUUAGUAUAUUACUUUACCCUUCUAUUUUUGUUCUGUUAAUUUUUUGUUGUUGAAAUAUAUAUAGCUAAUUUAUUUGAUAUAAUAAAUUGUAAUUUUUUAUUCUCAUCCAAUUUGAUAUAUAUAUUUUUAAUUUUAAUAUUAUACUGAAAAUAUAUGUAUCUGCAAAUUGUUGACGUGACCAAGAUUUGUGGUCAAGUAGUUUUGUGGUAAUGGUCAAGUAGUUUUAUGGUUAUAUAUGUUUGAUUUGAAUUGAUUGAUAGAUGUGAACGCAUAAAACUGGUCAAGCAAUAUGAAAUUUUUGAACAGUGGUAGUAGUGAUAGUGUAGGUUAUGGAGAUGUGGAUCCAAUGGUUAGAGGAUAUGACCUUCGAAAAGGGGAGAUGUGGAUAGAGUCGGUGUGGUCAUGAAUAGCAGAUGAAAAUGAUUAAAGGUGAUACGGUCAUGGAUCGUCUUUCAGGAUUUUUAUACGGCGGCCUCCGCUGCGACGAAAGGGGAUCUCCGUCAAUCACUACCGGAGGUUCAGAAUUAAAAUGGAAGAGGUAGGCUCAGAUUCGUCAUACCUUAAAGAAGAUCAGACAACUUUGUUGAAACCCAGUUAAGAAUUCUUGAUUUUCAUAUUUUGACAGUUGUGAAGGUGAGAAUCUAUGGUUUUAGGGUUCGUGUGAAAGAGAAGCCUUCGGGUGAAAGAGGUGUUGUCCUGAGAAAAUGAUGCGAUUUUUAUGUUUUUAAUGUGUAACUAGAAUACCAAAGAAAUAUUACUUUUUAUAUUUUUUAAUGAGUAACCAAGCUGGUUCUGGUUCUAGGGGAAAUUGAAACAAUAGAGCAAGGAAAAGUAUUGCACAUGGCCAAAGUAUGCCAACAUGUUAUAUGUCCAAGUAAAAGUAUGUCUACACAUAAAUUUAUCAAAAUUAUUAGCAAUCGUUUUCUAGUGCAUUGCUUUUUGGUAUGGGUUGACAAUCUUAGUUAUAUGUAAACUGGAAACAGUUAUUCAAAUCCUAAUCUGAUUAAUAAUUUUUGCCAAUUAGCAAUAAAGACAUGUCCUGUUUAAAAUGCUUAAACAUGUUUUUAUCAGAUCCGCUAAAACUCCAUCUAUAUCUAACUUCUAUUUGCCUAAAACAGAAAUUUUUAAAAACAAUUUGUGAAAACUACUAAUAGCAAUGAACGAGAAAAGAAGUAAAAGCUAUCAUUCAG